AUCAUGCCCUCCUCUCCACUCAGGGUGGCUGUGGUCUGUAUGAGUAACAUGAACAGGAGCAUGGAAGCCCACAGCGUCCUCAUGAAGAAAGGGUUCAAUGUCAAGUCUUUUGGAGUCGGAUCCUGUGUGAGGCUCCCAGGACGUGCAGGUAACCUCCCCGUGGUUUAUGAUUUUUCCACCACGUAUGAGCAAAUGAGCAAGGACCUUCUCCACAAAGAUGGAGAACGCUAUAGAAGCAAUGGCGUCUUACACAUCUUGGGAAGAAAUGAGAGAAUCAAGCCUCACCCGGAAAGAUUUCAAGAGUGCAGGGAUCCCUUUGAUGUCAUCUUCACAUGUCAGGAGAGCGUCUAUGACAGGGUGGUGGCAGAUCUGUGCACCCGAGAGCAGGAGACCUGUCAGCCUGUUCACGUGAUCAAUGUGGACAUAGACGACACCCUGGAGGACGCCACUCUUGGAUCUCUGAUCAUCUGUGAGCUCUGCCAAGGUCUCCAGCAGGCAGAUGACAUGGAAAGCAGUCUGGCUGAGCUUCUCCUGGCAGCAGAGGGGAAAACAGGAAGGAGCUUUCUGCACACGGUCUGCUUCUACUGA